UAAAUCUUGUAUGAAGCACUAAUAAAAGAGUUUCAUUGUAUGUUACGGACAAUCUUGAUUAUCUUUACAUAUACAAGUAAUGAGUUUGAAAUUGAUAUGACUUAUGUAAUACACUAGUACAAGUUAACCUAUCUAUAGUCACAAGUAACAGACUUUCAGUAAAACAAUAAAACACUUAAAAUGUCAUCAAAAAAGUGGUUAGUAAUUGGUAUUACCGGGGCCACGUGCAGUGGAAAAACAACGUUAGCUAAUCGGCUACAAAAAGAAUUGAAAAAUUCAAUAAUAGUACAUCAAGAUAACUAUUUCUGGCCGAUAGAUGAUCCACAACAUGUAAAGAUACCGAAGCUUAAUCAUUUAAAUUGGGAAUUAAUGUCUAGUAUGGACAUGGAUAAAAUGCGAUCAGACAUUUUAAAAUUAAUUGAAUUUUCACCGAAUGACGUUAACAAAAUGGAAAAAAAUUGUAAAAGAGUUUUAAUUAUAGAUGGCUUUUUACUUUUUAAAUGGAAAGAAGGGAAAAAAGAGAGUAUGAGCCACGAGAUGUUCCAGGAUACUUUGAAGAAUACGUAUGGCCAGAAUAUUUGAAAUAUAAAGAUGAAAUAAUGAAAGAUAAAAAUUUAUGUAAAACGAUAACAUUCCUCGAUGGAUCGAAAGAUACCGAAGAAAUAUUUCAAAUGAUUUUCCCGCGAAUAAAACAAAUGUUAUCUUGAUGUUUUUAAAAAAUUUGUUAUACGUUCCAAAAUGCUGAAUAAAAGAUUUAAUUAAAAUUCUAAUAUAUUUUUUAUAAUGUGAGUCUCAGAUGUUUUUUGGCUAAGUUUAAAAUAAAACAAUUACAUUAAUUUUGUAUAUUAAACUUUUUAUAUAAAUGGUCACUUGGGGUUUUAUUAUAAAAUUUAUAGAGUACUUACCUGAUACAAUUGUGUAUUGAGCAUUUCUUUUUAUAAAUCAUAAGUAAAUUUGUAUUCCUGUUCUUUGUUUUCUUUUAGUGAUAAAUAUAUGUACAUGUCAUUAUUGUAUUAUCAGUAAUGUACCUGAUUUUAUGAACCUUGAAAAUGCCCAUGUGUAAAACGAAUGUAAUUUGCUUAUUGUUUACAUUAUAAAUGUAAUAAUUUUGUAGUUGUUUAUCACAAUAUUCUAACUACACAUAUACAAUUUUGUUCAUAAUGCAUGUAAAGCCUGCUUCAGAUGCUAAGUAAUUAUUAAGGAAAUAAUUUUAAAUUUCAUUCUAUACGCAUAGUAUAUUUUGUACAAAAAUUAAUUGUAUAAGGCUUAGAAAAUAAAGCAUAUUCGAGUUGGUAACUCCUUCACAGA